GGCCAAAGUGGCGCCUGUCUGCGCAUGCGCAUUACUGAGCCUCUGAGGGUGAAGAGGAAGAAUUGUUCGGUUGUGGACUUACAGACGAUAACAACAACACAAGGAAGAUGUCAGGAUUCCUGGAUGGUAUCAGAUGUGGUGAUUGUGAAUGCAACAUCGAUUGGGCAGAAAAAAGAAACACCAUCGCUUCAAUAGCAGCUGGAGUCUUGUUUUUUACAGGAUGGUGGAUCAUAAUCGACGCAGCCAUAAUGUACCCCAAAGAGGAGGAGUUUCAUCACGCGUACCACACCUGCGGAGUCAUCGCCACUAUAGCGUUCCUCAUGAUCAACGCGGUGUCAAACGGCCAGGUGCGAGGUGACAGCUACAGCGAAGGCUGCAUGGGACAGACAGGUGCGAGAGUGUGGCUGUUCAUCGGCUUCAUGCUGGCCUUCGGCUCUCUCAUUGCUUCCAUGUGGAUUCUUUUCGGAGGUUUUGUGGUGCCUGCGAAGCCAGCAGUGUACCCUGGGAUUGCAGUUUUCUUCCAGAAUGCCUUUAUCUUCUUUGGGGGUCUGGUGUUCAAAUUUGGACGCACAGAGGACCUGUGGCAGUGAAAUCCCUCUUCUCAUGACCAUCAUACAUCCCAAGUCUGUCUGUACUGUUUCUCUUCUCUCUUUAAUUUUUUUUUUCUCUUUUAUAUUUACACACCGCCACCCCACCCCACCCCCACCUUUCCCUGUGCGACUACCAGACAUGUGUCUAGACCAACAGUGAGGAGUUGCUGCUGUACAAACCAAGCGUGACACAUCUACUGUAACCGCAGAAUUUAGGAAGUACUUCAGCUGGACAGAGAGAGAGAGAGAGAGACAGGAAACACUGAUGUAGCAGAUGUGUCCGUUUCAUGACACGCUGCAGUCCUGUUACUCACGUUGCACUGUUCUUUUACCUCAUUUUUAGCUUUAGUUUUUCCUUCAGAUGUGUUUCAACUCUUAUUCACGGUUAGUGUCUGUGUGGAUGUGUGUGAAACAGCCUGGGAAAAUCUUUCAAACUGGUCAGAUUUAGACACUUUACUAUGGCGCUAUAUCUACUUUUUUUGUUUUCCUGAACAUGUGGCAUACAUAUCUUGCUUUUAAAGCAAGAUUUAAAGAUCCCCAGUGAAAACUGCUUAACCUUCUUCAACAUUUAUAAGCUACUGAUGAAUCUGUAAAAGUAAAAAAAAAAAAAAAAAAACCUAAUUCUUA